GCUAGGCAUUUUAACAUUUCGGCAAAAGGCACUUCAAAAUUUUGUUUAAUAUGAACAACUUAAUGAGCAGAUUCCGUUGCAUUCUUCAUCUGGAUAACUCGAGUAUGUUUGGGCAUACGUUGGUAUUAUAUUCGAGCACCAAGUCCAAUAGGAUUAUAAAAUCUGGUGAAAUAUUUAAGGAGAAGUUACGCCGGAUGCGUCGUGCUCAGAGAAAAAUGACUCCUUGCUAUUUGCGAGUACGAAGAUCCGAGUACAAGUGCCUGGCAUAUCAGGAAAUCAAGCCCGAUCCUUGCAUACCAGAGCCAUGUCCAUUGCCAAUUGAUGUGAAAGCCUAUGUGCCAAGUGAUAAGGGUAAACGGAAUUAUCAGAAAACCUGGUGUGAGUUUAAGCCGAUGCCGCGCCAAAAGCCAAAAGUCCGCAAAAUCUAUCCGGUGCGUGAGCGUCGUGAUCCAAAGCUAUUCAGAGGUAAGCUUUGUACCGCUUGUGAACCGGAAGAUUGUGAACUACCGGAAAGUGGACGCGCCCCGCCCCCAAGACUCUUUCCGCCCACAACAAUGCCAUGGCCAUGUUGCAAGCUCCGCUCACCAAAAUGUCGAACCAGUCGAUCCGACGUGAGAUGCUCCCGAGGUCGUAUGCCCUCCUGCUGUGCGAAGCGGAAGACGCAGUAUCUCAGCUUCUCAGAGUGCAAGCAAUUCCCGUUGUUGCCACCAAUCGCGGCCUGCGAAUGCGACCAAAAGCCCAGUCUCUGUGAAGUCUGGAACUUUUGGCGUACCAAACGUUGAGGGAAUAUUUGGGCUAGACUUGGACUUAUAUAUUGCUACCAUUUAUUAACUCCUCCACUUUAUAAAGAAGUAUCCCAUACAUUAUCCUG